ACGAAUGAUACGGUGAAGAAGGCGUAGAGAUACAGCAAGAUCGCAAAAGGGAAAGAUCGAUGUUGCAAGGAAGCCGGUGUCGAGCGAGUCACGGCCGGCGGCGUUCGAAUUCGUAGUCGCUUGUAUAUAAGCUCUUUACCCACGACUUAUUUUUCCCUUUCCUCUCGCGAAAUAUGCGAUAACGCUGUUUUACUCGUGUACAUUGGGGGCUUCCGCCUCGAGGGUUUUCCUCGGUGUUGGAUAUAAUAGCUGACUGGUCCAACCCUUGGAUAAGGCGACCCUCUCGCUCUCUUUCUCUCGCAAACACCAUGAAUCGCAUCGUUCCACCUCGACUCGUACCCAAGGUGUGCCCGUGACAGCUAGAACUGCUGUGAUCAUUGAUACACGGCCCCGUCGUAAAUACGAUUGAACGGACGAAGACGAAAGGCCGAGGAGCGAGGAAGAGGGACAGACAAGGAGGAGAGUACGAGCACAGAGGGUCAAAGUCGAGGAGGGGAAUAAAGGAAAAGGAAAUUGCCGGAGGAUCGCGAAGUUCGCGUCUCCGGUGGUUGCGGCCAGAGAUCGGUAAUCUCAACGCUGGGCGAGACGGAGAGCAACGGAUCGUGGUCGUCAUCGGGGAGAAUAAUUACGAGGAUCCCACGAAAUGAGAGCCUAGCGUUCGAGGUGGGUCGUUGGUCAGCGGGCGCGCAAGAAGGGACGGUUCGCCGGCGGAAGCCUGGAUAGUAGGAGGUUUCCAACAUGGCCGCUGCCUGCUACGAGAAGGAAGUGGUGGUAGGUGCCGCUAUGCACGGACACGGUCAUCACCAUCACCACCACCACCAUCAUCAUCACCAUCACCAUCACGGGAUCGCCGGUGGGUCUGCCGGUUGCGCCGGUGGAGGCGGCGGCGGCGGCGGUACGGCCGCUGCGACGGGCCCGACCAUACAGCAGACCGUCCUGCCGGCCGCAUCGACCGGUAUCCUCGACACCGCCACCGGUGCUGCUGUUGCCGUCGCCGCCGUCGGAUCCGGCUCGAACAACGCGAACGCGAACACGUCGGCCACGGCGACCGCGGCGGCGGUUGCGGCCGCGGCAGCAGCCGCCGCGGUCGCAGUCACCACCUACAAGGACUACUCGCAGCCGCUGCACGUCGACUGCAGCGUCGAGUACGAACUGCCUAGCCAAGCGAAACCGCCGCCCGGCGGAGGCGAGCCGCUCCUGAUGAUACACCCGUGUUACUAUCGACGUGCCGAACGCGAAAGGAGAAGUCCGUUCGUCAACAAUCUGCCGCCGCCGGCAAACGCACCGAUUUCGUCCUCGAGGCGGAGUAGCAGAAGAAGCACCUCAGCCGCCGUCGUCGUCACCGCGGCAGCUGUUUCCUCCGCCGCGUCGUCUAUAGUCGCGGCACCAUCCUCUACUGUCGCCGCCGUUUCUACCUCGAGUUCCGCGUCGUCUUCGAGUUCCGCUGCCGCGGCUGCAGCUGCUGUCCUCUCGGCGACCGCGGCCGCCGCUGUCUCGACCGAGUCCGCCUCGAAUCUCGUGUCGACCACCGGUCAAAUGUCCGCUGCGGCGAUGGCGGCUUCUUAUCGCGCUGCUCUGAACGCUGCCGCGACUCUGUCUCAGCAACAGAGACGUCAACAUCAUCCGCAGCAGCAGCAACAGCAGCAACCGACGCCAGCACCUCCGCCGCCGCCGCCACCGCCGCCGCAACAACAGCAGCAGACGCAUCAUCUUCAUCACCGGUCUCACGCUCAUCCCCUUCACGGUCAACAACAACCGCAACAACAGCAGAGCUCGGUAACGUCGACCACCGCCGGCAACGAGCUGAUCUCUGCCGACGAGAAAGCAGUCAUAUCAGGUAUUUAUCAACACUACUUCCGCGCGAUGCGCGCUCACAAUCAUCAGCACCGACAACAGCAACACCAGCCGCCGUCGCAACAGCAGCAACAGCAGCAUCGGACGGCGCAUCAGCAGCUUCAUCAUCAACCUCACCAAAGCGACCGAAGUUCCUCCGCGUCCGUGACGCCGACCGCGGCCACGUCGAUCUCCGGCAUCCUGCGUCAAACGUAUCAGCAAACGUAUAACGCGAGCAGCACGUCGAGCCACCUCCGGUCCGCCUCGGCGGUCGGUCAUCACCCGUAUAGGCGACCGUCGGCGACGCUGUUGUCGCGAGCGGCCUCGCACAUAGGCCAUCAGGCGUCCUCAUCUUCCUCGUCCUCUUCUUCCUCCUCGACGUCGAUCGGUGCUUCCACUGGCGUUUCCAGCGUGUACGCGAGCACGAUACACAGGCAUCACGCGACUUCGUUGCACGCCCUUCAGGCGGCAGGCUUUUACGAGACGCCCGGUUAUCAUGCGCUUCUGCCGCAGAGUUAGGUGUCCAACGUCAUCAGCCACCGCGAGACCGACCCCGUUCAUGCCGGCGUUCAUUUGUUCACCUGAUCCGGGCUGUAAACCCGGUCCUCUCUCUCUUCUUCCCUGUACGAUCAACUUAUCGUCCACGCACUCGUUAAACAGCAUACGGGUUGGUCGAAAAUUCCGCCUGGUACACACGGGAUACAUCUAUCUCUGCGACCGUACACGCCGACUUCCGCCUAUGUAUAUUCGCCAUAGAACGCGAAUGUAUGUACGUAGACGUAUGUACGCGAACGUACGUACGUGUACGUAUGUACAAUCGUUGACGCAAACGAUCGUACGUGCCGUAUGCUCUCCGUCGUUGGCAGUGGUGUGCGGGUGGCCGGGCGGACGGGCAGAAAGCCACAGAAUAAACACAUGAACGCGCGGGUACACACCACCGUCGUCGCUGUGCCACGCACACAGACGUAUGUUCAAGCCCGGGGACAGAUGGAGGGAACAACGAGACGACUGAAAUGGUCGUCCGAAUGUACGCAUCGACCGAUUCCAUCCACCUGCGAUACGUGCGGUCAGGUAUAGAAAUCCAUUUGCUUAGGCCCCGUAUUAACGACUACCCGGUGCCCGUCUCUGUACGCUUUCUCAGAGCCGGGAGAGAGAUCAUUUGGAAUUCCUGAAACCACUCAUAGCCGGGCAAACACGUCGCGUUUCACCGACGGCCGAACGUCGUACCGUUGAAUCCGCGAGAGCACGUCGCCCGACUACAAUACCGUUCUUAGGGCCUACGAUCGAUACACUCCUCCAAUAUCCUGCCGAUAAUACCCACCCAUAGCAUUAGACGCGUUUUUUAACGACUCCGGCGAUUAGUUCGCUAGAAUCCCAUUAGCCGACGUUAACGUCAUUCCUUAACGAUGCGAGUAAAUUACACGGUGAGCCUCGUUCCAGGUAGAGAUGUGCACGUGCGGGAACGAUCUUUGUCGAAAACCGAGUUCCACGAUUCUAUCCGCAUGGCAGACGAUAGAAAUGCUCCGCGGAUAAUCUCACGACAAUUGCACAAGCGCUUGAUUCGUGUUUGUUUCGUACGCCGGGGUUGACGAGGGUCGUUUCUUCUGUUAAUUCCUCGACCGACAAUCAUCAGAAUCGCAAGUGCCAAACUGCAACGGACGGAACCGCGUUUUAACGGGGUGCGACCGACGGGGACUUUGCCAAACAAAGAGCGCGUGUGUGCGCUUCUUUUUCUUUCUACUUUUCGUUUCGCGGAGCACAUACAGGAAAUGACAGACAGUGUGCUGCGUCGCAAGGGAUCGCGUUCGUCCUUCUCCAACGUGCCUCUCGCUCGCGGCUCGAGACGGGUCGGGAGAGAAAGAGAAGCGUCUCUAGAAAGCCGUGGUCCGAGAGCCCGAGCCAGGGCAGCGGCAGGAUUUCUUCUUUUUUGUCCUGCGCCCUUUUCAAAGAGCGCGCUCAAGGAGAAACGGACGGGGACCGUAUUUCGUUACACGGUAACGAUCGAUCAACGUGACCGCACGACCGCACCGGCGGUACGGGCGAGCCGUGGCGAAGCGAGACGAAGCGAGGCGAGGCGAAACGAGACGACGGGCUCGGUUCCGAGGGACGACGACGACGACGACGACCAGAACCAGACGCGAAGGGGGCGCGGUCAAGAUGGGGAGAUCGCCUGCUGGAGAGACGAAACCGAGGCUCUCCGGCUGCACACGCACCAGGAUACGUCUAGAACGAUCGGCGACUCAGCUGCUCCGGAGCACGCGAUCCCGAGAGUUCGAGAACAGGGGGUAUAUCACAAUGGGAGCGAGAUUCUCUUCGGGGAAAAGAAAUUCAUCUGUUAUCAAUCUACGGCUCGGGACGACGAUUUUCGACCUGUUUCCCUUGUGAGAGGGCAAGACUCGAAAACGAUCGAGCAUUAAGAAAAUCAGCCAUAGGGAAAACGUAACACGAUGAAAAACGGAUGGAGAAUCCUUGUCCCGAGCUGUAUGCUCUUCGUUUCGUUUGAACUUCUACGGAACGAGUUCCCAACGAACUUGAGAAAACCCACUUGGCAAAUGUUCGGUUCAUCUGUUUGAUCUAUGAGGGAUCGUAGCAAUCAACGGUUCUUGAAUAUUUCAAGUGGCCGAAUUAAGCAUUCGCCGAGGGGCCUCAGAUUUGUAUGGAUACGUAGACGACGUAAAACGUAGACGCUUCGGUCGUUAUCGCGCUCGCGUUCACUUAAAAAAUUGCCAGGUUCCUCGAAACGACGAACUCGAAAAGUACGAGUCGACCAUCGUCCGUAGUCAGAGUAAUGACUAGUUUCUAGACGGCGCGGUGAAACCGCUGUUUGUCAGUGAUGCGAUCGGGGAGGGACGUUCCCGGGAAACUUAGAUACCACGUUACGUGGGAUGGCAAAAGUAAAAAGUCACGGGAGGCACUUUGGCGCGUUCGAUAAGAGGAUAGGGUAUCGAUCCCAAUAAAUUUCGUUCCGUGAACUCGUGUCAAACCCCACCUACCACACGGCUGACUUUUAACAACCUGUUCCCCUUGCUCUUUUCCGUUUCUCGCUCGAACCCCGAAGGGCGCGACGGCGGCCGACGCGACGCUGCGAAAGGACGUUUAUUUUUGUAGGAAAAACUCGCGUAUUUUUGAGAUUCCUGGAAGUGGACCGGGAGAGGAGGAAAAAAAUGCAAGGCUCCGCGACGUCGGGAGAGAUGAAACGAGAAAAGUUUCUGACUCGCGCGAGCACGUCGUUUGGUUGCUCGGUAGAAUCACGGACGCCUCUAUUGACAGCGAAAUACGAUGGUAUCGUAGACGUAGAUCGGCCGGCAGAGGGUUAAACUUCGUCCACUGAUAGAUAUUUAUACGACGUGGAAGGAAGGAGGGCAUUAUUGUGCCUCGUUGAAACCCCCGUCGAACUCGUUAUAUAAUGUGACGUCGACAUUAGGUAAUUAGGAAGCGUCGCAAGCAGAAACGUUGGCCAGUCUCUGUCUUUGAAAAGGUUUCACCGGUUAGUUUGUUCGGUUUCCUACGUUCGUUUUCGCCGUUCGACUCGGCGGACAGUGAGAAAUCCGUCGGGACGUUAUUUUUACGAUUUUCCCGGUCCCAACUGUUGGUCGUACACGCAGGGUGUCCCGCCUAAUCGUCUGUCUCGUGACGUGACGCAAACGACUAAGUACGUGCCGUUAAUGCUUUCCCACGAACUCGGCUGACGAACUGAAAUUUUCACAACGCUCGCUCUCGAAAUCGUGCGUUCACACGCCGAAUUCUAAUUCGUGAAGGCUGCCGCGUAUCACGGAAAUUUCCCAGUUUCGCGGUUGUUUUCGGUAAAUUCGUCGUUGAGAGUUCGCCGAGCCGACGAUCUCGCUCACCCUUCGCCGUCCAUCUCGACCGAGCGUUUCCGCCCCGGUGUUUUUGCUCGUUCAAAGGGAACGAACCUCUUAGCGGCGAAGUAGAGGGAAGCUAAACGGAUACGGGGGCCUAAAUACAGUUACUCUCUUUUGGAACCGACGUAUCAUCGACGGAACGAGCUUUCCCCUUUUCCCGUCUCUCCUCGUUCGCGAGCAAUUCGAUAGACCGCGGGAUUAAUUUCUUUGUCGUUUAAAAUCAAUUCCGACGGAUCGCACGACACUUUUAACAGCAAUAACAUCUUCGAGGAAACGAGAAUUGAAAAUUAAAGAGAAACGACAGUGGGGGGAGAACAUCGACGCAACGUUUCAUGCCCCUUCCGUUCUGUCGGCAUUUUUCUUGAGCUUCCUCGUAAUCGGCCAUCAGCUCACAUACUUCCAUACGUAACGCGUUUCAUACUCCUCUCGUAUAAUUCCGUCUCGUAGAUCUGUGAACCCGCUUGCCAUGCAAAGGGUACGCUCGUAGAAUUCGAUUGUCGUCGUCGGUGUGUCGAAGGAGAGAAAAAGGAAGGACGAACGAAACUCUCUUUCGCUUGGGCAUUGUAAACGAUGAGACGCAUAUACGCACGGUCGAACGUCAACCAGAAUCGAUACCAUCGGUAGUCUCGCGCCUUUCAAAUUUUUCCUCUCGCGUAUAUCGCGAAGAUCGACGAACGUGCCUCUCCGCCGUAUCCACUGACCGAUUCCCGUGACGAAGUUCGAAGCCGAAUUUAUUCCGUGUGCCAAAAAGCACUUUCUGCGUCUUCGACGACGAGCUCUGCUCGAGAAAUCUGUGCCACCUCGGCUGCGACUUUUUGCCUCUACUAAAUGAUAAGAUACAGGACCACCCCAGUCACAGGGCUAAAUGGGCAGGGCGCAAGCCUUUUACGGGCGACUAUUUUUAUUGUUGUUAUAUUUUUUUGUUAUUAUUUGUUAUUUUUAUCAAAAAUCAUGACGACAAUAACCAAAUAACCUAUUCUAAAGGAAAUAUAAAAUGUUAUAUGUAUGCGUAUCUUUGUUUUUGAGUUUGCUAAUAAAUGUAUGUGUUCUUAGAAUUUCCCCGGUGAUUUAUAUUAGUCUAUUGUAUCAAUGAAAUACGUUCGAUUUUGAUUCGGUUCGCGCCAGUUUUCCAUACUUUCGUAUAACUUUCCCGAUCACCCAGCUCGGGUUAGCCAUCCCGUGUAUUUUCUUACGAAGAGUGGCGAAUCGUUUUUAGUAGCCCACGGGUGACGAAUAUCUUAGGACGGCCCUGAUAAGAUAAAGACAAUUGUAGCGACGGUAGCUGACAGAAAAAGACGAGCGCCGUUGUCAAACGUUUUUCAAUAUACUUUCCUUUCCGUGUACUAUUAGCUAUCGCAUUUAGACCGCGUGUAUCCCAGGUGAAACCGGCGUGUUCUGCCCGUUUAUCGUUGUUACUAUCUCUGAGGAGAAAAAAGCUACGAGGGCAUUACGUAAAGGGAAUAUUGAACGACUUUCCGUGCAUCUUCUCUAUAUAGGGGAGAUAACGCGAUAGAGGCGAUACUCUUCACGUUGCUUACGGUCACAGUCCUCUCUCUGAAAACACACGUGCUCCGAACCCAGUUCUUUCCUCGCGUCCGAUUCCUCCGCUGCUCUCCUCACGAAUCCGGUCGGUGCGUACAAGGUUUUAAGAAAAAAAAUAAAGAACUCUUUUACAACGUCGAUUCGACGAACUGAUCGACGUAAAAAUGGGCAACACAGGAAUUUAGCGAUCGGUUUCUUUCCGAUCGUACACACGAUAUCGUAUGCUCGAUUUUCACAUGGUUCCGAUCAGUAGAACGUUCCGUUGCACGUAUACAGGGUGUCCCAGAAAAAGUUUCAGAGUCGAGGAGAGGCGAUUCUGUAAGUAUUUCUGAACAACAAUUUCCUUUGCCGAAAUGCAAAGUGAGGCAUGGUUUUUAAAUUAUUAACGAAAUCGCGCUCAGCCACGGCAGUAGUGGCUCGAAUCGUGGCGCUCGGCAGUUGGUCAGCGCAGGCCUUACGCGCGCUCUCAUUGGUCAGUGUUUUUCAUCAGUAAUUCAAAAACCAUGCCUCAUUUUGCAUUUUACCAAAGGAAAGUAUUGUUCAGAAAUCAUUCGUUUUCGACUGUAACACUUUUUCUGAGACACCCUGUAUACCUCCGCGAUUCCAACCGUAGGACACGCUGGAUCUAACGUUGAACGCAGUGGGCACAGCGCACACACGACGCGAACACGUGCGUAACCUAUCACGAAGAAAAGGAAAUAAUACACGGCAUGUGCGGUCUUUCCGGUCAUCUCUUUUUAUUUAACGUUGCAUUCAGCGAACGCAUUUGUACCACCGCCGAGGCGAUUAUUUUUUCCCCUUCGAUUCACCUUUACCUCUUCUCUCAUAUUUCCGUCUCUUUUAUCCUCGUAUCGGUUCCGCGAAAAAUCCUCCCCGUUGUCUCGCGUCGCGCUCUUUGCAGCCCGACGCAGGAACGGUGUAACAUUUACUCUGUAAUAAAGAGUCGAGAAAAGACGUGCUUCCUCCUCAAGCGGGUACGAAGAGUAAAAAAAAAAGAAGUCUGGCAUCAAAUAUUUUGUCCUACGCCGCGCGUUUAACGAACUAAUACGUAAAAGAAUAUACGGUCAAGCUUAUUCCUCGUGUGCAUCGCGUCGCGUUUUGACGGAGAGAGAGAGAGAGAGAGAGAGCGAGAGAGAGAAGUGUAUGAAGAAAGACAGAAUCUGUGCUCGAACGUGCCUCGCCCUCCGCUGUACGGAGCGAGCCAAGAAAAAUUGCUGUCUGAAACGAUCUAUUAUCCACUGGAGCCUUGAAAAAAUACAUGAAUGCAUCCAUUCGACGAGCCUCGUCCAAUACAAAAUUAUAGUACGUAACGAGUUAUUUUAGAUAGCGAUUCUUAUUGGCUCGCCCUGUAUACGAAUGUACUUUUGUGCGUAUACAGUAUACAGUAGACGCGUACCGGAUAAAAGCUCGAUUCACGUUCGACGGGUAACGCGAAGAGACAGAGAGAAAAAGCGAGAGAGAAAGAAGGAGAGAAUAAAAAAUAUGGUCGGCAGGAGGCGGGUUAAUGAUAAGAGAGCACAAAGUAAAGUGUGUCAGAGAGAGAAAGAGAAAGCUGCCUGUUCACAGAUCUUUCGAAAACGAAAUCGAAUCGGAUCUUCGCCAGAAGGCUGCUUGUUUAGUUUGUACAUAGGUAGUCUCUUGUAUUUACCCGUUUACGUGAAUCGGUCACGACAAAUGGCGCGUGUGUGCGUGUGUGUGUAUGUAUGCGUGUUGCGCGCGCGCGCGUGUACGCUCGCGUGCGUACACCGUCUCGAACAUAGUUCACUACUAUUAACUCGGCCUUAAAAACAAAAUGACGUAAACUGCCUCAAAUAAUUAAUAUAUUAAACGAGCUAGCGCCCUCACUUACACUUCGACUGAGUAAUAAAACGAAGGAGAAACGCCUGAUCCUCUGUACAUAAUUACGUUUAGUAUUAAAGAGAAGGGUGGUCGCGCGGACUCGAGAUCCCGGUGAGCCAGUAGAGAGUUACGCGAUCCGCUAAGUGUGAAAAACGAGCGAAACGAAAAAAGCACGACGAAACGGGGAUUAUAUAGAUAACGAUCGAUCGGCGGUAUAUAACGUGUACAACGCGUGAUGCGUCGGCAGAGAGAAUGAGCGAGCGAGUGGAAGAGAGCGAGAGACGGAGAGAAAGAUGCAGCGUGUGUGCAGAGCGCAUUCCUAAACGAAAAACUAUUCGCAGAGCGAGCGCGUGCAAGAUGAGCGCGGAGUGGGUGGAUCGGAGAAGGAUGAAACGUGGGGGGAGCAUAUCGAUCCAGAACCCGGUAACGUUUAACUCCUCGUUUAUCGUCGAUAGAAUUUGUCCCGUGGAAAGGGGAGAGACGUUCCCCGAUCGGCGAGUGUCCGGUUCGUCGAAGGAUAAAAAUUGACCCUUUUUCCCCGACGUGCCGAAUACUCGACGAGCGCGUUCGCUGGAUAUUUGUAAACGAUACGAAAACGUGCGCCACUGGUGGCCGAAGAACGGUUUGCGAACGAUUUCUAGGCGGAUUUCCCAUGCCGUUCGCGAACACCGUGCGGUUUUACGAACACGCGUGUACGGGGAGCGCGCGUACGUGGCGCACCGUGAACAUCCGGGCGAGAAGGGGGCGAGGGGAGAGAACGGAAGGGCAGCGACAACGGGGAAAAGGGGGACGCGCGGGGGGUCGUCGAGGCCGCGACGAAACAAACGACGAGAUCUCGUUGCUCUCGCGGACGGGAGAUGCGGUUCGGAUAAGCGAGGAGAGACCACUCGAAGGUAGACACGGUCGACGAGAAGGACACGGAGGGACGAGUUCGAAAGAAAGAUUAUUUAGUUUUCGUAUACGCGCGCCGGGCUCGAGGAGGGUGAGAGCCGGGACGACGAGGGACGAGAGAAAAAUUCCGUAGUGGAUAAGCGCUACGUGACGACUCUGUCGACGUCCUCUCGGCUCGAGAAAACGCUUUGGGACGAGACGAUGACGACGAUCGACUCGAACAGGGUGAGCCGAGACGACGACGACGACGACGGAUAGAAAAAUUCCGCGGCGGAUAAACGCCGCGAUCCCUGGCGUCAGAGCCUGUGUAUACUCGCGCACAUAUGCGAGAGCAGAAACGCGUCCUCUCGGCUCGUGAGAACGCGACGGGGCGACGAUGACGAAGACACGUGGACUGCGAGACGUUGCGCGUUUCGAAGGACGGUAGUUCCUGGGUUCAUGUAUUAUACGGGCUCGAAGAAUGUACACGACAAUAAGGAUCGUAGCCGGUCGAACACGAUCCAUACCCCACGAGAGUUAAUCGAGAAACGGAGGAACUCCUACGGCUUUUAUGGCUCCGCUCGUAAAGAUAUACCCAAGGCUUUUUCUGUGGAACUCGGGACCCCUUCGAACACCCGGUCCAGGAACACUGGGGCAGGGACGAUGACGGGGAACGAGUAGAUACACGGGCGAAACGAGCGACCGAGCGAGCGGGUCCAGGUACGCUCCGGCGGUAAAGGUAAAACUAUCUUGCAGGAGGGAUUCUCGAGUGAGCCGGGAGGGCCGACCGCGGCAGGUAGUUGCGCGACCCCGGAAAGCACACGCCGGGCCCCGUAUAAAGACUGACCCGAAGCCAUUUUUGAUCCAUGAUCCUUUCUCUCUCCGUUGCUUCCAGCCGAGACCCCGAAUCACAAUGUGCGCGCUCUUCGCCGUGGGUGGACCUCGUCGCUGCGCGAAUUUUUCUCAGAUCGUCUAUCCUCGACGAGCGAUCUGCCCCUAUCUUUUUCUCUGGGCAGGUCGGAGGACCGGCUCGAGAAGAGAAAGAGGCGGACGAUCGUGUCAGAAUGAAAGGCGCCUGAGAAGCCGCGCUGCUAACAAUGACCCUACCUACCUACCUACCUACCUACCUACCUACCUACCUCUGACACACGAAUUGUUCGUACCUACGUACACCGGCUGAUUCGGCAAAUAGGGCGUACACUAUUUUUUACACACCCGGUUUAGAUCAUUCGUAAUUUGCUCCCAUUUCUCGUUCCUCUGCUUUCCAUUCGUGUGACCCUGUCGCGGUUCGAUCGUAGAUCGUCUCCGAAUUUUAACGUACGAACAGUUUUUUUUCACUGACAGAAGAGUCUGCUCGAGCAUCCUUGUGACCAGUUCAAACGAACAUUUCCGAUACGUACAGUCGCAUGAACUCUAAAUCGCGCGUACCUCGCAGGGGGUUAUUGCGAUCUUUUGAUAGUUCCGAGGGUGAGAUAGGGGAUGGAAAGAAGAGGGUGGAGGGUUCGGUCCUGGAAAGAGCCGCAACGCGUGGCCACGAACGUCCAUGUGUCACGAACCGUCAGGAUAUUACGUCGCUUCACGGGUCUGUCUAUCCACGGAUAGUUCGAAACGAUGGACCACGCCCUCGGCCUCUGCCAUCUCCGCUUUCGAACGAGGACUCUCUCUCUCGAUCGAUCCCUUUCCUCGCGACAAGCUGGCAAAAAUUACCACCGCAAAAGUCGAGCACGAAACGGGACAACCGAAUACGCCCCUGGAGCGACCCGAGGCCUGCCUCCACGGUCAAUCGAUACCAUGCCGUAUGCCUCUGCCGACUUUGACAGCCUCCCGAGACGUUUCUCCCCGUUAUCUCUCCUUUCUCAAUUUUUCCCACCUCCGUUCCCUCCCUCCUAUCCGUCGGCGACGUUCCUCUUCCGUCUUUUCUUUCAAAUUCUUACCGAUGCAUCGUCGUUCCCCGAAUUCCAGAUUCGACAGUACCCGGUGUUUACGAAAAAACCUAUUUGUGAGCAAAUGUGAUUAAAAUCGUGCAAUACCCGUUUCAAUGAAAAGACGUACGAGUCCUAAAGAUCGAACGGAACGACCUGGAUCAUACGUAGAGACGUUGAAUCUUUCUACCGUGCGAGACUCAGCCGGCGUUCGAUGCGAUCGAUUCGUGGCCCCCACGUGCCGCUCGCUUCCUCGUUUCACGUGAGAAGCGUGCGACGUAACGAGCAAUUGUUCACGUACAAUUCUCGGUUCCUCUCGUGAGUUUCGCGAUCAAUCGAAAAGUUCUCCUUCGCCCGUCGUCGUCGUCGUCGUCGUCUGGUCUCUCGCUCGGUUAUUACUCGCCCGGUGCGUGUUUGCUCAGCUCGAUCGUUCGUUUAAAAUUCGAGUCGAUGCGCGUGUUAUUUCUUCCCGUCACGGCGUUGUAGGACUUUCGAGAGCUUUUACGAGGAACGGAGCGCACGUGUGUCCGUCGUGCGUGCAUGUAUCCGAGCCUCUGUGCGUGGCUAUACAGCGAGAAUCAAAACCGAGCGACCCCGGCAACGCGAAUAUGAUAAUUAUCUAUUAAUCUAGUAGAGUGAUUAAGUUUUCCUAACAUUAAUUCUUGUAAAUCUCGUGUUCGUUCGUAGAAAAUUCUUAAGUUGUACAAGAUACGCGUAAGAUUAAGUUCUGCGGCCCCGCGGCGCGCUCGCUUUUGCGUCUCGCUGUACAUACGUACGCGUCGUCGAUUCGGCAAAUUUCAGGGAAUCUGUUACGACACGGGAUUAUUAAAUCGUUCGGCGAGGAGCAAACAUUUGUUCUUUUACAGACGGAUAAUAACGACUGGUUAAAAUUCUUUCUUUACGCGAACCGGUGAUACGCGUGACACGUGUGCGUCCACCUUUCGUGCGAAACGCUCUACGUGCCACCUUGUUUUCCCCGUCGCCGUCGCGUCGACGUUCUCGAACGACCAACGGGGACAUCCUCGAUUCUCUUCCUUUUUUCUUUUCCUUUCGCGAGGGGGUCGAAGCUAGCUAACCAACUACUACUGUAUUAUCGGUAAAAGAAAAUGGCAAAAAAUAAAAAACACAGAACAUACCUACGCAUUUAAGAUAAUGUACAAGUCUCUAGUGUGAUACAUUUCUACGCUUAUUCUCUUAACUGUAGUCAUGAAGUCUAAAGUAAACGAUACCUCGUUGUGGUUUGUAAACGCGGAUUAACAAAAAAAAAAUGGUAAAACGCAAAAAAUACAAGUAAAAACGCAUACGAAUAACGAGUAGCUCUGUAAUAGUAAUUAAAUGGAAGUGACGCAAGGAAGCUUAAGAAAGACGCAUGAGUUACGUAUAAUGAUGUAAAGGGAAAAGACAAACGAUCAAAAAAAAAAUCCGCUUAGGUCGAAAUUAAGAAUUAAAAAAACCGAAAAAAAAAUGCUCGUAAAAGACGCCAAUGUACUCGUAGAAUGGAAUUACUCGGCGGCGAACGUCCUAAUUAAUCGCAACACUUAAAAAAUAUUAAGCGACCGGCAAAAAGAAAAUACCGUUCGACUUAUAAGAAAAAAUAAACACUGGAUAAUAAGGAGACCCAGAAGAGAGAGAGAGAGAGAGAGAGAGAGAGAGAGAGAGCGAGAUCGAGCGAUGAUUUGCGAUGAUCCAAGAAUCGAGUAGAUGAAUGCGCAGUUUCGAAUGAAUGGGCAACUAUUAUAAAGAAGUAACGAAGGUCCACGUGUGGGUCGAACGUGUGUGCAUGUGUGAAUUUACGCGCAGAAGAGUAUUCGAGGAUGUAGUGUUCGGCAUGUACAUAACUCUGUAUAUACGAACGAAUCACUGACUGUACAAUACCACCCAAAUAUAUUUAUAUUUCAUGUUAAAACAACCUCGAUAUAUUCCUCAUUUCUAGUUUUAAAUCGAUGCUAAACAGCCACGAUCGCCGUCGCCAAAUAUGCGUGAUGAAUAAUAAUUAUAUUUUUCCGUCGUUAUGCUCGUUCGAGUUGGUUUUUAUUAAACCUCCUUAUGAAAAUUA